AUGGAUAUCCACAACCUUCUCAAUCACGAUGCUGCAGCUGCAGCUGCUGCAACUACUGUUGCCUCUGUGCAUGUGCUCACUAACAUCACCGAUCGCCAAUAUGUGUGUACAUGGGAUGACUGCGGCAAACGCUUUUCACGACGCUCUGAUCUUUCACGACAUCGCCGUAUUCACACUGGUGAACGCCCUUAUCAUUGUGAAUGGGAAGGCUGUGGCAAGCAAUUUAUCCAACGAUCAGCUUUAACCGUUCACUACCGCACCCAUACCGGUGAGCGACCUCACGUGUGCGAGUAUGAAUCGUGUGGCAAAUCAUUCAGUGACUCAUCUUCUUUGGCACGCCAUCGACGUACUCAUACCGGCAAACGACCUUAUGUGUGUGAUUUUCCUGAAUGUGGUAAAUCAUUCACUCGCAAGACAACCUUGUCUCGUCACCAACGUUGUCAUGACCCCAACUGGCGAGCUGUAAGUUCCACGAGCAAGUCUCCGCUAUCUCCAUCCACCAGUGAUGAAUCCGAAGCAGAUCGAUCACCCAGUCCACCAACAACACCUAUCGAUCAUUACGCCUAUCAUCGUACUGCAUCCUCACCCAUGUUGGUGGCUCCAAUGGUUUAUCGCCCACAACAAGCUCGCCAUCACAACCGUGCACCUGAACCAUACCAUCCUUACCAUCAUCAGCAGCGCUGGUCCACUCCUGCAUCAGCAUUCUCUUUGCACCAUCCUAUUGCCGAACGACCUUGUUCAAUGAAGACACCUUUCCCUCUUUAUGCACAUGCACAUCCACGAACGGCAUUGCCUACAGGAUCAGCACCAUAUGCCUUUGAGUAA